AUGAAAAUUAAGAAAAUAAAAUAUGCUAAAUCAACAAGAGAGAAGCUACGUCGUUUCUUGGAUAAAAUAAUAAAAACAAAUUUAUUUAUAAUAGUAACAUUUAUAACUUGUAUUUUAAGUCUGGUUUUAGUAAUUUUCCCAUGCAUCUAUACCCAUAAUGGAGAUAAAUAUGGAAUUUCAAUACCACUUUUAUAUAGUAGAUCUUAUAUUGAUUUUGUUCUAUUAACAUUAAUAAUAAUUCAUACAUUGGAUUCAGAACUAAAUGCAGAAAGUCUAAAAUAUUAUAAUAGAUCAAAGUCAUUGCUUGUUACUCUGAUUUCAUCUUUAAUAGCAACUUUUGCAUCUAUUAUUACAGCUAUAAUUGGAACUUUGGAAGUUAGCAAAAGUUUGAUUACAGUUACCAUGAUCAUUGCAUCAGCAGGUGAACUAGUUGUUAUUAUAUAUUUAGGCUCUUAUAUAUAUUCAUGGUUUAAUGCAGGAAGAUCAGAAGUAAAUAUUUCUUUAUUACAACAAACUUCUAAUGAUGUAAUGGAGCCUGCAAUUGUUUGA